CACAUGAUAUGGAGGGGAUUGGAGCACCUGAAUCACAUGAUAUGGAGGGGAUUGAAACACCUGAAUCACAUGAUAUGGAGGGGAUUGGAACACCCUUAUCACAUGAUAUGAGGGGAUUGGAACACCUGAAUCACAUGAUAUGGAGGGGAUUGGAACACCUGAAUCACAUGAUAUGGAAGGGAUUGGAACACCUGAAUCACAUGAUAUGGAGGGGAUUGGAACACCUGAAUCACAUGAUAUGGAGGGGAUUGGAACACCCGAAUCACAUGAUAUGGAGGGGAUUGGAACACUUGAAUCACAUGAUUGGGAGGGGAUUGGAACACCUGAAUCACAUGAUAUGGAGGGGAUUGGAACACUUGAAUCACAUGAUUGGGAGGAGAUUGGAACACCUGAAUCACAUG